UUCACGAUUUUUAUGAGUUCAAAUUAUCUGAAAUAGACUAUAGCUAUCAUUCCUGUAUGACAAUCAAGAAGUUAAAAUACGUGCGAACGUUAUCAACAAAAGAUUAUACAUCAAAAAGCGAAAUAGUUUUUAAAAAAAAUAAACAAACGAUUAAUUUUUAUCUGGAUUUAAUCAAAUAUCUUAAAGAGACUUCUAGGUUAACUAUUCCAAAAUGUUGGAAAUUACCUGUAACGAUCGACUUGGUAAAAAAGUUCGAGUUAAAUGUAAUCCAGAUGAUACAAUUGGAGAUUUAAAGAAACUAAUUGCAGCACAAACUGGUACGAGAUGGGAUAAAAUUGUAUUAAAAAAAUGGUAUACCGUAUUUAAGGAUCAUAUUCAAGUAGCGGAUUAUGAAAUUCACGACGGAAUGAAUAUCGAAUUAUAUUAUCAAUAAGUUAAAAUAGGUUAUGUUUUGUAAUGUAUUUAAUAUAUAUUUUUUCGUUAUACUUUAAAAAUAAGAGAUAAAAAUAAAACGUUUUCAUUC